AUGAUUACCUUCGUGAGUGACUUUAGAACACAAUGUUUAACUUAUCAAUGCACUAAUGAAGAGUUUGAAAACAUAACAGUUAGAUUGGAAUAUUAUUUUAGGUAGGAUUGACGAUUUACCACACGAUUGGAGCUGUUCUCUCGUUGGUUUCCUUGAGGAAAAACUCGAAAAUCUUGAAAUAUUUCCAUUUCGUUGCUACAAGCUUGUUGUUCCCUUUGGCUACUGUAGGUCGGGACUGUUCUAAUGAAGAAUGACAGUAGAUUUUUUCUUCAGACAGUCGUUACAUUGUUCUGGAGCUUAUAUCUGUACGAUAGAAAGACGUUGAUCACCGAAGAAGCCGAGUUUCUGAUGGAACACGAGUGGUUCAAUCAUUCUUUGGUAUGUUAAGGAUGGUACUGUGAGAUGCUUGUUUAAUAUCUUAGCAAAUAAUACGUAUUUAAAGCUUUGCUUUGGCUAAAACGAUAUUAUCCAUGUUGUUUUAGCACACAACGCCUUUGAUCGGCAUGGUCGUGGAUUCCCUUGCUUGGCGACAUCCUCGUCCUCACAAAAAGAGCGCGCUCAAGGCUAUUUUCCUUUUCACCGUGGUGUAUUUGAUCGAGUGAGUCAGGUCAUCUUAUUUUAGUUGUGGUAAAGGAGAUGUAAAGGUUUAAACGUGAAUCAAUAUUACUAUACUGGUGGUUACCUAAGAGAGGGAUGUUAACUUGAAUUUAUAUCUUGAGAAUUCAUGUUAAUUUAUAUUCUCUUGAAUUAAAAGGAUAAAUUAUUCAAUUCUCCAUUACUUUAUGUUACAGUAUCCACUAUGUCUGGUACGUUUCCGGUUUCUGGGCCUAUCCAAUCCUUGGCCAACUGAAUGAGCUGGAACGUUUGGCGUUUAUCCUAGUGUGCUGUGCCGUGAUCUUCAGUGCAUUUUUGAUUUCCGAUGCAUUUAACGCGAUGUUACAACCAAAGAAGAAGAAGAACUAA